AUGUUCUGGCGCGUCGUGUCUGGCCUAGCAGACAAGGUGUGGAGUCCCAGGGCAAGAGGUGGCAGCUCCCAAGGGGGUUCUGUGAACCAACCCAUCACACUGCACAUAGCAGAGGAUGUGUUUAUAGUCAAGAAUAUGGCCCCGAGAAGAACACAGCAGGUGGGGGCGGGGCCAUCCACGGAGCAAACCUACAUCUCCAAGGUGGUUCUGCUGGGGAGCGCGGCCGUGGGAAAGUCAAGCACAGCCUUCCGCCGUGUGAAAAACGACGUCAGGGAAUCCGUGCCCACUGUGGGAUGUUCUUUCUUUACCCAGCUGGUAUGUUUAGAGACUGCCACGAUCAAGCUUGUGAUCUGGGACACUGCAGGACAGGAGAAGUACCAUGGGGUUUGCCAUCUUUAUUACAGGGGGGCGAAUGCUGCCCUUCUUGUAUAUGACAUAGCCAGAAAGGCAACUUUUGCGAGAGCAAAGCUAUGGUUGAGGGAAUUAGAGAAGGAAUUUCUUCCCGAUGAGCUCGUGAUUGUUUUAGUCGGCAAUAAGAUAGAUCUUGCUGCUCAGCGGGAAUUCACCUUUGAGGUAAGUGCACUGCAGUAAGAUCUCAGCACUUGG